AUGCUAGCGGCAACUCUUCCCCCAAAGCGGCACGGUCUCUUGAUCAACAAGCCGGGCGAGCUGAAAAUGGCACUUCUGGAGAUGCCGCAGCUUUCGCCGGGCCAAGUCCUGGUCAAGACCGCCUGCGUUGCUCUGAACCCCUCAGAUGCCAAGAUGGUGGCCGCCGGCUUCCCGCGCGGCUCGCUGACCGGUCUAGACUUUUCGGGAACCGUCGUGGCGGUGGGGCCCGGACAGGUGCCGGGGUCCAUGGUCGUCGGCGCCCGCGUUUGCGGUGUGGCCUGCGGCUACAGCGGAGGAGGCAGUGGCGCUGGGGCCUUUGCCGACUACGUCGUGACCGAUGCCGAGUUCCUGCUGAGAGUCCCCGAUGCAAUGUCUCUGGAGCAAGCCGCGACGCUGCCGGUCGGGGUGUUGACCGCCGGUAUGGUUUUGUUCAAUACGCUGAGGUUGAGGGAGAAGAAGCCAGAGGAGGAUCGACAUGUGCUAGUUUAUGGCGGUAGCACGGCAUCUGGCAUCUUCAUCAUCCAGGUCUUGAGACAUUUCGGUUUCAAGCCCAUCGCCAUCUGUUCACCACACAACUUUGACAUGGCGAGGGCAGCCGGCGCAGUGGCCGUACACGAUUACCGGUCCGACGACUGCGUCGCCGCCAUACGAGCGUCCACCAGAGGGCGCCUCGGCACCGCGGUGGACUGCAUCACCAGCGCCGAUUCGAUGCGCAUCUGCUACCAGGCGCUGCGUAACCUUGGCGCAGACGACGAGCUGAAUCAUGCUCGCUACGUCUCGCUCGACAAUUUCCCCAUCUCUGGCCACACGCGCCGGGCGGUGCUGCCAUCGUGGGUCUUUGCCAUGACGGCGUUUGGGAGGGCGCUGGACUGGGGUGCGCCGUACAAGACGGACGCGAGACGGCGUGACCGUGACUUUGCGGUCGACUGGAUGAAGGAGGUAGAUGGACUGGUGGGGCAGGGUAAUAUUCGGCCUCUCCAGGUUCGAGUCGUCGACGGUAGCUUGGAGACUGCUGGUUCUUUCGCUCAAAUCGACAGCGGUCGUGACGUAAGAAAAAUGGUCGCCACACAUUCAAGGGUUCUGAUAAUCGGCGGUGGCAUCACAGGCUGUGUUGCAGCAUGCCUGCUGAAGCAAAAAGGUUACGAGCCCAUCAUCUUCGAAAAGGCAUCCAGACAAGGCGAUGUAGGCGCAUCGAUGUUGAUCAGCCCAAACGGGUUAAAGGUGUUGGCCAAAAUGGGCGGAGGCGUUGUUGAAAAGCUUCGAGAGAAUGCUCCAGGGCUCGUGGAGCUCUGUGACCGCACGGCAGCGGGUGAGAUACUUGGGGAAGCGUCACCCUUCCCGGCAAACUGGGAGAGUCGGUAUGGAUACCCUGCUAUUGGGGUCAAAAGGACCCUAUUCGCAAAAUGGGUCUUGGAUGCUGCCAUUGAUCAAGGCAUCGAGGUACGAGCUGGAUGGACGCUGGAAAGGAUCGAACAAGACGACACUUCUGUGACGGCCUUCUUCAACGAGGGACGAUCUGAGAGGGGUGAGUUUCUCAUUGGCUGCGAUGGUCUCAAAUCCAAGACGAGGAAAUGGCUCCUGGCUACCAAAGGUCUGGAGGAUGGAGAACCUAGGUUUACAGGUCUGGCGCAGAUUGGAGGUAUUUCACCCACCCCAGUCCAGUUCAUUGAUCGACCUGGAUUGCGCAACUGGUACGGUGACAGCCUUCACCUAGUCUGUUAUCCCAUCACCGCAGACCACACCUCCUGGGGCCUCAGUCACAACGAUUCGACAGCCGAGGAAGCGUCGUGGGGUUUGUUUGACGACGAACGUAGAGAGAGGACAAAAGCGGAGCUAGAAAAGACUCUACGUGACCUCUCAUGGGACCCUAUUGUGGCCGAAAUGGUUGGCAAGGCACAAAGGAUGAUCAAAUAUGGGAUAUACGACCGGCCUGGGCUCAAGCAGAGCGACUGGUACUUGGGCCGAUGCGUAUUGAUGGGCGAUGCGGUGCACCCCACCGCCGUCCACCUGGGACAGGGUGCGAACCAGGCUUGCGAGGACUGUUUCUAUCUGACGGCCGAGCUGCCAGACUGCGAUCCAGCGACUGUGAUCCCGACUGAAAAGUUGACGCAAGUUUUUGCAAAGUAUGCAAAGAUACGACAGCCACGCACAUCCGCGUUGGUAGAAGGGGCGCGGAAGCAGGGAGAACUUAGGGUUACGCCGGCCGAAAGGUGUGCCGAGCGAAACGCGAUGAUUGCCAAAUAUAUGACAGACCGCGCAGCGCUCGAGGCGACAUAUGACUUUCGCUUCGCGAUGCCAGUUUGA